AGCCCUUCCUCAAUACCUCCUUUCCUUGUAUACUUCCCUUCUUCUUCUCUUCCCUUGCUGCCUCCCAUCCUUUUUAUAUUCUGAAUGGAUUUCAGACACACACACAGGAGGCACCAUCCGGUCAAUCUGGCCAAACCUCUCUGCUUGUUUUUCAUUAUUGAUGAAAUUGGAGUUAAAUAGAGCUACCCUUGUACACCACACACGACAUAGACACAAGUAAACACACAGACAAACAAGCAGAGGUAGUUUUGGAGUGGAGCAGUUACACUUCAGGUGGAAUGUGUGUGUGUGUGUGUGUGUGUGUGUGUGUGUGUGAGAGAGAGAGAGAGAGAGGAGGGAGGAACAGAAGAGAGAGAUGGAGAGCCAGACAGAGUGAUACACACAAAGCUCAAUCAUUACCACCUGCUCUUCCGCUUUGAUCGUAGGUUUGCGUGUGUGCUCACCAAAUGCCCUAAUGGUCGUGUGAAAGAAUUCAAGCGCGACAUAGACAAUACGCGCUUAAAAAAAACAGAGAGAGACAUAGAAAGAGAAAGAGGGGGGUGGGCUUAGAUACAAGCAUCAUAGCAGCUCAUAUUCUCCCACCAGCUCUUCUCCAGCACACAAGACCAUCGGUGAGCUACCACCUCCCUGCCUCCUCUCUCUCUCUCUCUCUCUCUCUCUCUUUCUGUCUGUCUGUCUGUCUCUCUCUCUCUCUAUCUCUCUCUCUCAUUUUAUCUCUCCUUCUUGUUUGCUCUCCAGUGAGGGGGCAGUGCUCCUGCAGUUACAAACGUUACUAUUUCCAGAGAGUCAGUGUAUGAGCUCCGCGCGUCGUAGCAAGCGAUCGAAAGAGGAGAGAAGCAGAGAAAGGCAGCGUGGGGUUUGGCUCGUUCUGCACAUUAAGAGCCAUGCACGAGAGGAUGAGAGAGCGCAGGGAGACUCGGACCUGCGGCUGAUGCCACGCCGCGCCGCCAAGCCAAGUAUAGAAGCCGAAGAAGACAGACAAGCCGAGAAGUCCCGUGACGAGAAGCUUUGCAGAAUAGAACCAGAAACAUUUCUACUGAUCAAAACGGAAAGAAGGCAAAAGGGGAGAGGGAGGUGGAGGUGAGCCGAGAGAGGAAAAGAUGGCGAGUUUUGGGAAACUCACAGACUACUUUAAUCGCCGUAAGUCUCAAGAGGAGCUGCGGGUGGGCAGGAGCACGCAGCGCAGUGGCAGUUACUGCUGCACUGUGGCAGAGGCCAGGUCACUGGAAAGAAAGCUGCAGCGACCCAUACUGGCUAAGUCCCGUACUCUCCCCAGCAUCCCCCAGUCUCCUACAAUCUCCAGGGUCCAUCACUCUGAUCUCAUUGGUGGGAGUCCUCCUCGCAGGAAGAACCCGCCCCCUGCUGCCAGCCACCCAAAGGCCUGCACUCUGCCACCUGCAGGGGAGCUGUGGCGUUUGGAGGAUGACAUGGAGGGCGAAGAUGACCCUGAGCACGGUGGGUGCACCGAGGCCCGCCCUCGCUCCCAGUCGCCCUUUUCCCACUUCCGGGCGCGAGCUGCCUACCUCCGCAAGAGCGUCUCAGCAGAUGACCACCUGGACAUGGGCUCGGACUACAGUGCUGCGACUGCAGUCGAGGGCAAGCCGACCCGUGGCAGCAAGGGCAAGCUGAAGAGAAAGUUUAGUCUGGGCUCUGCUGACCGAAAGGAGAAUCAGCGCAAGAAGUCAGAGUCAGGGAUCUCCAAAUUUACCCAUCGUCUGUCCCUCAAAGAGCGUGUGGCCAAAGCAGAGAAGACUUCCACGGACAGACCUCCCUCCUACAGGAGACGAUCUCUUAGCGUGGACUGGGCUGACUCUGCCAAGAUGACGCAGCCAAUGAGGGGGGACCAGGCCCACCAGCCGGCCCCAGCCCGCAAGUCAACCAGCCUGUCCUCGCCAAGCGCGGCUCGCCGGCUAUACCGCAACUUGUCUGGAAAGUUCCGUACCAACCCCCCUACCCUGGAGGACAGUGUGGUGUCAGGACGGGGAGGAGACAAGGAGAAGCUGCGCAAAACCACCGUAUUCCAGAGUAAUGAGGCGCUGUUCGAGGCAGUGGAGCACCAGGAGUUGGACCUGGUACAGCUGCUUCUGUCCCAGUACAGUCUGGAGGAGCUGGACCAUAACACCCCGAACAGCGAGGGUCUUCUUCCCCUCGAUAUUGCUAUAAUGACCAACAACGUGCCCAUGGCCAAGCUGCUACUGCAAGCUGGUGCCAAGGAAAGCCCCCACUUUGUGAGUCUGGAGGGCCGAGCAGUGCAUUUGGCCACCUUGGUGCAGGAGGCUGAGCAGCGGGUGUCGGAGCUUCAGGCCCAGGUUCGAAGCGAUGGUCCUGGUGAGCGGGAGGGAGCUGACCGCGAGAGGCAGCUAAAGGCCUGGGAGUGGAGGCUCCGGCUCUUCCGUCGCAUGCAGACGGGUUUCGAGCAUGCUAACCCUCCAGACGCCCCCAGUAAGGUCCGCCUGUCUGUAAGCAGCAGUACCAGUCUAAGGGUGGACUUCCAGGAACCUCUUUGUGUCAACUCUGCUGUGGUUACCAAGUACAAAGUGAGCUGGAGCAGUGCUCCUUUAUUAAGUCCUUUGCUGGGUGAGAUCAUCGUGGAGGACACCACUCUGUUACAGUGCAACAUCCCUGGACUCACUUCUGGGACCUAUUACUAUGUCCAGGUGUCAGCCUACAACAUGAAGGGCUGGGGGCCUCCACUAGUUUCCACACCUGCCUGCGCUGCACCUUCCAGUUGGAGGGAUAUCGAUGGCCGCGCUCCACGUCAGAGAGGCCAGAAGGAGGCACUAGACCAGCUACUUGGACAGAUUAAAGAAGCUCACCGCCACUGUGUCUGCCAUGAACAGUGCAAAGCUCCACCACAAGGGAGGAAACAUUCAGUAUCCAAAAGUCUGCGCCACCUCUUCCAACCCACCAGCAAAUUUGUUAAAAGCUUGAAAAGAGGUCUCUAUCUGACAUCCAUACUCUACAGAGAUGACAAUGUGUUGGUGACUCCAGAGGACCAGAUUCCUAUUGUGGAGGUUGAAGAUUCCUACUCCAGCUCCCUCAUGCAGGACUUCCUCUGGUUUACAAAGGUAUCCUAUCUAUGGGAGGAGAUUCCCUGGCUGCAGCAGUGUCUCAGUCCGUCCCAGUCGUCCUGUUCCUGUACUCUGCAGACACGCCUCAAGAUGCUGCAGGCUGUCUCCCAUCUACAGGGAAUGCUGGGAACCCAGGACCUUGGUCAGGUGUACUUUGAGCCAAUCAAAGACAAGCAUGGUAAUGCCCUGCUGGUGCUCCUGAAGGACAUGAAUGCCUGUCCCAACCUGGAUGGGGUUCGCUGGAUGCAGCUUUGCAAACUGCAGCUCCAACGCAAGUCCAUCUCGUCCCCUGAAGAGCCCACUGCUUUGGACAUGCUUCUCAUCACUCUCCACGAGAAGCUGGCGUAUCACAGGCGAAGCAAGAAGACGUUGCCUCCAGGCUUAUACCUGGGCUACUUAAAGCUGUGUACAUCAGUGGAGCAAAUCAGAGCGCUUGUGCCCCAGAAACUCCCCAACGUCCUCUGUCACUCCAAAAUUCGGGACAACAGCAACGUGUCCAGAGAGGAGUGGCAGUGGCUGCAGGCUCUCAGCUCUCUGGAGGAGUCGUCGGAAAUGGACCGUGAAGAACAAAGUGCUCCACAUCGCCUCCUACAGGACCUGCGCAGCGCCAUCAAAGACCUGAUGGCAUACAUCAACGUCCCUGGCAAUCAGGUGCAGGACUUCCGUAUCUACAGCCAAGAAGUGGUAGAGUUCGGAGAGAAAGUGUCCUUCCUACUCCUACUGCCACCUUCAGAUGAAGUGUGCACAGCUCCUGGUCAGAAUAACCCAUACUCCCCCCGCUCUGGCUUCCUCACCCUGCCCCUACAGAUCUUUGAAUUGGUCCACUUUAAUGCCUAUUGCCCCAGUUUCAUCGGCCAGUACUGCAGAGUUUCGGCUUUGCUGGAGCUGGAGUCCCUCAUGUCCCAGCAGGCCCUAAGGGAGGCCUUCUCUGAGGCUGAGCUCAUUGCUGCUAAGAAGAAACACCAGCAGGUCCAGGAACACAUACAGCAAAUGGAGGAGGUGUGGCGCGAUGCGAGGUGGAUCAUGGACGCCCUUCAGUAUGCCCGCUACAAGCAGCCAACAGGAGGCAUCUUCAUAAGCUGGAUAAUUGACUUCUCCAAGGAAGUGUUGCCCGAAAAGCCUCCCUCUACCUCCUCCCAACCAGACUUCAUGCCCUCCCCCAUGCCUUCACCCGAACCCUGCCACAAGCACUCAGAUUUUGCUGGACUAUCAGAUGAGGAGGGCUCCUCUGAGGUCUUCCUCACCACCGACAGUGACUAUGACUCUAGCCGUGCCCAAAGCCCCCGUGAGCUGGACCUGUUGCCGCCCUCACCCGUCUCAUCUUCUGCGCCGCUGGAGCCCUGUGGUUUCCUGCGUAGUGACGGGAGCAGCUCAGGAGGAGGGAUGUGUCUCGGUGGGAGUGGAUGCGGAGGUGGGGCGCUAAGGGAUUCCACGCCAGAUGUCCUCCAGGCCUCAGAGCUGCAGCACGGGAGGGAAGGCGAGCGGUGUGGCGGAGGAGUUCACUGUGUCAGGGAAAGGCGAAGGGGGGGGCCAGAGCUCUUCGACAGUGACUUCAUCCUGCCCAGCAGGCAGAUCGAGCUGUUGCACAUCACAGAGAAGAGGCAGGCCUUUUGUGUGAGAACCAGCAGCCUGGAGUUCCCUUCCACCACCUCAGCCCACCAGCCUUACUCCUACCACACUACUUGCCCCUCGCCCUCCAACUUGCCACAGCGGAGAUGGCACAGGCCCUCAUCGGUGGACCGCUGUUGCUCGGCUGAACGCUGCCAGCCACGGGUUCCACCAGCGCGUACGUUAUCAGAGGACAGCGGCACACAGAGACUCUCCUCACCAUCACCUGCUGCCCUCAGGAAAGGCUGUCAAGCCACACUCAGAGUGUACCCGCAGUAUCGCACAGGCCUGCCAAAGGAGACCAGUGUUAAGCUUUGUGCAACUCCAGGGACGUCAGCGCAGGAGAUAGUCCAGCUGGUGGUGCAGGAGAUGAACAUUGUGUCGCGGCGCAUGCUCGGUAGCAGCAGAGGCGGUGGUGAACAGGAGCAGUGUGUGUACUACAGUCCCGAACAGUUAAAGCACUUUGGGCUCGUGCUGGUGGUGGACAAUAGAGAAAAGUGGCUUCAGGAUGAUUUCUGUCCCCUGGAGCUCCAAAACCCCUGGCUGAGGGGCAAACUGUGCGUUCGCAUUAAGGAAUAUUCACCACUAGCACUCAAACACAGCCGGGCCACCACAGUGUGACACUUCCAGGAGAGAGAAUGAGAAACAUUUAGACACAUAAAGAGAACAUUAAAGAGUACCUGCCAUGUGCAGAUUUUCUGGAUUAACUUUGGAUAAAUGUGUUUGGAAAUGAAGGAACUGUUACAUUUGUACAAACAGGCCUAAUUCUCUACACUAUUUUCUCUCACUGUGGUGUUACCGUCCACAACUGCAGCUAUUACAUGUCAUAUUUUCUGCUGUGUUCUUGUUUUUUUUUUUUUUAACAUCAGAGACCCUCAUAUGGACACCAAAU